UAUAAAGCAAUAAAAAAUUAAAAAUCUAUUUAUCGGAACAUUGCAGGUAUCGCUCAGCAGGUUGAUCGAUGAUUCUUGAAAUAGGAGAUUAAGAGUUCAAAAAGUCUAAUUGUAACAUCAAAUGCUAUUUUGCUAUACAUAUGAGUUUGCUGACUCUACGCGACAGUGGCAGCACGCGGCAGAACGACAGAACCAACACGACUGUGGGCUUCAGUGUGUGCAGAACUGCGGGAGAUGACAGGGAAGAGCAGACGCUAACCGAGAGGAGGAAUAAUUUAUUUUCAAAGUAUUAUAGUAUUCCAGAUGAGUACCGUCGAAUACGGUUUUCCGAUGAUAGGCGGAUUGAUGCCGCAAAUACAGGCUCUCAUAGCACCACCGAUAUCCGACGAUUCAAAGGCGAAAGCGAAGAAGGAAAAGGAAGAGAAGAAGCAUCCAUACUUUAAGAGACGUGGUCGCGGUCACAAUCGUGACUUCUGCGACGCUUGUAAAGAUGGUGGAGAGCUCAUAUGCUGUGACAAAUGUCCAGCUUCCUAUCAUCUCCAAUGCCACUAUCCAGCGGUGGAUCCGACGGAUAUUCCCAAUGGAGAGUGGUUGUGCUAUGGCUGCCGUUGUGCCUCCAAGAGAGAGGGACUUUUGGAAGCAAAAGGGAACGAAAAGAAAAAGAAAAGAUCUGCUCUGGAAGUACUGGCACUGGCGGCUUCUCUUGUAAAUCCAAGAGAAUUUGAACUACCUAAGGAAUUACAAUUACCUAUUAUGUUUCCUGGAAGUAAUAAAGUAGACUAUGUUUCUGGCAGAAGAGGUAAACUGCUGAACUCAUCAUAUAACAAUGUUGGAAAGAGUCACUGCUUGGAUAGCAAUUUAAUGGUUCCAUUGCCGGCUCGCUUAUGUUUUGAAUGUGGACGUAGUUGUAGAAAGGCACCCUUAAUUGCGUGCGAUUACUGCCCGUUAUAUUUUCAUCAAGAUUGCCUUGAUCCACCACUGACCGCUUUCCCCAUUGGCAGGUGGAUGUGUCCCAAUCAUCCGAAUCACUUCAUAGAUCAGAAUCUGUUGACUUCUUGUAGAGUAACAGAACGCAUAAAGCUCUGGGACAAGUACGCUAAUCAACGAAUAGAUCAACAUGCUGUAAAGCUAGACUUCCUGCGUAAAGCACGUGCCGCUAAUCCGUUGUUUCGCACAAAGGUGAGAUUAGAGGGUCGUCCAAGAAUAAAAGUUCCUUGUAGCGUAAAAUUUCAUUACAAGAAUCCGCCGCAUUUAGAUCCAAUACAUUCUUAUCAAGAUAGUGUCAUAUGGCCUGUAAAGAAUAUCGUAAACGAAGAACAGCAAUAUAUAGAUAAUAAUAAAACAGACGAUAGCAAAGAUAAUUGUACAGAAAAUAAAAAAACUGAAGAAAGUAACAAAGUAAAGACAGAAGAAGAAAAAUGUGAUGCUAUCAUAGAUGAGAGAAGUGAUCAACAGAAAGCGCCAAACGUGAGUGAAAAUACUAGUAAAGUGGAGAAUGAAAGUACGACGGAUAGUUCUAAGGAAUAUAAUGAUCUCGAAUUUCAUGCGAGAUACUGCAGUUAUAACGUUAAAGAAGGUGUCCAGUUGUUAGAGAGGCCAGUAUUGGAAGCAUUAGCACAACAGAGAUUAGAGCAGAUAUUAAAUCCGGAUGGAGAAAGUUAUAAUACAAUAAAUUGUCGUAGAAGAGCAAGAGCCGCAUUGUUUUCUUUAAGCCCUAAGCCUAAUCCACCAGCGUUCAUGACUUGUAGAACUUUCGUUAUCGGUAACGGCCCGAACUGCGAUCUAAUUUUAUCGAAUUAUGGUAGCUGCGGAUUCACUUCAUCUAAACAUGCAAUUAUAUUUUUCGAUGAAGUGACUCAACGUUACGAAUUGCUCAAUUAUAGUGAGUAUGGAACGAUUGUGGGCAACGUAUUGUAUUCUUGCGAUUACACUCGCGUUUUAGAAGAACAAAUAAAAGAGGAAAAGACUGAUAAAAUGAUGUACGUCACUAAGGAGGAAGAGACUUCCGAAAUAUUGAAAACAAUUCUGCAUAAGGAGGAAGCAACUUGCCUAGAAGAAUACGCGCAUAGGAAUGACAAAGUUUUAUGCAAUUGUAAUAUAAAACGUAAUACAAGGAUCAACGAGCAUCUGGAAGAAGGAUGGGAAGGAAGCGCACUCAUCGCACAUGGCUCGACCAUUACUUUCGGAUGUCUCAUAUACUACUUGCAAUUCUUCAUUACAACGAUAAUCGUGAUGUCAAUUGGGCAAUUUGUCCUGAGUUUCACGCCUCAAUAGCUGGGGCUAGGAAUCAUGGAGCAUCUGUGAAGGGAGAAGAUAAAGAGGAGAACGGAUAUGGGAAA